AUGGGCCAAUUUGCGACCCAAUUGAACGCGAGGCCAGCCGGUACACUACCGUCCAAUACGGAAGACCCUCGAAAGGGCACCAACGAGCAGUGCAAAGCCGUAAGUUUGAGGAAUGGAAGACAAUUAGAAGAAGUGGCGAAGAAGGCAACAAGCAAGGAUGGGGAGGAGCAACAAGAAAAAGAAGCGGAGAUUCUGACAGAUUCACCAGGUGAAAAAAGGGUCGUUGCGCCUAAGCCGACCCCUCAGGUACCUUAUCCUGAACGCCAGAUAAAGGCGAAAAAUGAGUCUGCCAUUCUUACGCGCCCAAUUCCACCAAAGCUUGGAGACCUGGGUAAGUUUACGAUUCCAGUCGCUAUCGGAGGUAAGUUCUUUGCAAAAUCUCUCAUAGAUUUAGGUGCGAGUAUUAAUCUCAUGCCUUUCUCGGUUUUUCAAAGUUUGGGAUUAGGAGAUAUAAAAUUGGUAUCUGUGACGUUACAGUUAGCCGAUAGAUCACUCAUAUACCCAAAGGGAAUAGUAGAGGAUGUGUUAGUUAAAGUAUAUAAAUUCAUCUUUCCUGCAGAUUUUGUAGUUCUUGAUAUGGAAGAAGAUAAAUAA